AUGGACGUGACUCUCGGUGAUAGCCAAGAGUGGUUCCCGCUGUGGGCGUGGCGCAAAUACGAAAAGAAGCAGUUGAAGGAGUUGAUGAUGGUUUGUACGAUUGAAGAGAGGGAUGAAGAAGCUGCGGAGAGGACGCUUAAGGUCGCUCUUUGUUGUGUGCAAUAUCGGCCGGAGACUCGGCCGGUGAUGAGCAUCGUUGUCAAAAUGUUGGAAGGUGCAUUAGAGGUUCCGGAGCCGUUGAAUCCUUUUUCGCAUUUGAUUUCAGGGGUUAACGAGGCUGGUGAUUCUUUGGCUCGAAUGGCGUGGAAUGUUGGUGGUUCUGAUUGGUCCACAUCUGAAGUCGUCACUAAAUCUACUGUAGUUGGGGGAACACCUCUCAUGAAGAAAUAUGAGAUCACAAUGGCCUCUGUGUAG